UGUGUGUGUGCGCGCGCGCGCACUAGCGUGCGUUCUCACCUUACGAUCCACGCCUCAACGAGCGCUCCUUCACCUGCCUCGUCUCUUCUCACUCUAUGGACUAAGAUCUUUUACACAGAAGUGAAAGGCAAGAGAUAAAAAUACAGUAGUUAUGGAGUUGCAUUACUGAGCUAUACAGCGCCGGGAGGCGCUGCAGUGUUUAGUGUGGAGGAAUCCCGUCGGACUGUCUCCAUGCAGAUGACCAGUGAUGGCCACGACGGCCGAUCCCACAGAAGAAUCAGUUGAUGAAGUGGUGAGUGAGCACAUUUUUAACCCCCUGGAGAGAAUCCUUUUGACCUUCUUCCUGGCUUCUAUUAUUGUUAUGACUGUCCUUGGUAACCUGCUGGUGAUGGUGGCUCUUUCGAGGGACAGGCAGCUGAGGAAGAAGAAAACCAACUACUUCAUUGUCUCCCUGGCAUUUGCAGACCUCCUGGUGGCUCUUUUAGUGAUGCCAUUUGCAGCGAUAGAGCUCACCACAGGCGACUGGAGAUACGGAGACACGUUCUGUCUGGUGCGCACCUCACUGGAUGUGCUGCUUACCACAGCCUCCAUACUGCACCUGUGCUGCAUUGCUCUAGACAGGUACUAUGCAAUUUGCUGCCAGCCGCUGGUCUACAGGAACAAGAUGACACCUGUGAGAGUGUCUCUGAUGCUGGGGGGGUGUUGGGUUAUCCCCUUGUUCAUCUCCUUUCUCCCCAUCAUGCAGAACUGGAAUGUGAUUGGCAUUGAGGACAUUAUUGAGGAAAGGAAGCUAAGCCACGGCUCAAACAGGACGUCCUGCAUAUUCAUGGUGAACCGACCAUAUGCUCUCGUUUGCUCAGCCGUGGCCUUCUAUGUGCCUCUCUGUUUGAUGGUCCUCGCCUACCAGCGCAUCUAUGUGACAGCUAUGGAGCACGCUCGGCAGAUCCGAAUGCUGCGGCGUGCCGGAUCCACUCCCAUAUCCUCUUACUACAGUCACGAACACCCCGGCUCCAGCCGCAUGAAAAUAGAAACCAAGGCGGCCAAGACACUGGCAGUCAUUAUGGGUUGCUUCUGUCUGUGCUGGGCUCCAUUUUUUGUCACUAACGUGGUGGACCCCUUCAUCCAAUACAGUGUACCAUGGCAGAUGUGGACCACAUGGCUGUGGCUGGGAUAUAUUAACUCAGGCUUAAACCCAUUCCUUUAUGCCUUUCUGAACCGGGCUUUUCGAAGAGCCUUCCUCAUGAUCCUGUGCUGUGGGGACAUGCGCUAUGCCCGCCAGGGAAGCUUUAGUCCGAGCAGACAUUGCUCGGCAUCUGUGAACGGAACAUCCAUUGCGCUCAGGAGCACUUUUAUCGAGGUGCCGUCUCCAGUUCUGCCGGAGCUCCUGGCACACAGAUUCAAUGGGCAGGCCCAUAAUGAUAGGUUGUCAUUUCUUCCAAACCGAAGCUACAGUGACAACGGCAAACAAAUCCUUUCCAGCGAACAGGAAUCUCUGGAUUCUGCUGGUGUUUUCUAAAAAAGACAAUAAAAACCUACAGAUGGCAGUAACCUGUUACUACAAACCAGCAUCAGCCCGUACUUAGAAGACAUGGCUUCUUCAAAUAAGCCAGAGAUGCUCCAGUGCUCUAAUACUCAUGGAUUUUGUACUUUUUGUGACAAACCUAGAACCUGGAGACUUUGCUCAGGUUACAGUAGAAGAUAAGCCAAGCACAACAGCACGAGAGACGAUUAGCCACGAACGUGAGUGAACUUAAUUAUACAAGAGGAAAAAAAUAAGACAAUAGUGGAUUCUACCAAGAGAAAUCCCAAGCUGACCUCCUCCUUUGCCCAAAUGUCAUCGCAAUGAGGAGCUCUGACCUCUCUAUUUCUCAUAUAUGGAAAUGACACUGUCAGGCUGUAAUUUCUGGGAAAUGAUUACAAGUUCAUUUCUCAUGGUCCUGUAUCAGAACGAGCCUUGGAGCUUGCUCUGUGAUUACUUAAAGAAAAAUAUACACAAUUUUCCUCAUACUACAAACGCAGACCUUUUAGUGUCUGAAGUUUACUUCAUUAGUUUUCCGCCUGAUCUUCAAGGAUGUCGCAAUUACGAACAUUGUGCAAACAACUUAAUUAGUGUCUCAGACAGACUUUGUGUGGUUUCUGACACUGGACGACUAAUGUAUACCAUAUGAAUGGUAAGAGCAGCUCUGUUCCUAUAAAGUUGAUAAAGUAUGAGCUUUAAAGUUGAUAAAGUUAAUAAAGUAUGAGCUUCCUUCGGCUACAUCAGGCUGCUUUCAAACAUAGCUUAAUUUUUUUUUUCUUUCAGAAAAAGUGGUGAAAAAAUUUCGCUGCUCAUGCAGUGUGCACACUGUAACCAUGACGACACUCUUCCAUACAUAGCUAGCAUCAGCGGUUGAGAAAACACGCCUUGUGUGAAAGCAGCUUUCGUCUUCUAGCAGUGCAAAAUUACAUUUUAGACACCAAACAUGUCUUGGUUUAAGAGGAACAGUGUGUACUUUUAAAUUGUAGAUGAUCUGUUCUUUAAAGCUCCAUUUUUCCAUCAACAUUCUGAAUAUCACCCUGUGGAAGAUGCACUCUUCUCUAUAUGGAUUGCUCUAUUUAUUUUUAUGUUCAGUUAUGGCUUCAGAAAUAAGGAGCAACACCAUUUGUCACCAUGUGACAUUUCUUAUUGUACCUUAUUGUAUUCUUUGAUAUGAUUUUAUGUGCUAAAAUAUGGUUUAAAUUGUUCUGUGGGACAGAAGGUUUAUUUAAAAAAACAAAAAAAAC